GGCGAUUUAUUUCCAUUUAAAGUGCUUUCGUGUAAUGUUAUGUCAAAAGUAGAUUCAAUAUCUUAUCUCUACUACAAAGGCAUUGCAUUUAUUCUGACAUCAAAUGGUUAUUAUUAUGUGAUCAGCGAAGAGGACGUCAAACGAGAUGAUGUCAAAGAGUUUCAGCCGUCGGGAAAAGUGCCUCAUUUGGCCAAUUGUUGCGAUUCUGCGGUCAUUAAAGAUAUUAACGAUUGCGACGACGAUUUGCAUAACGAGCACAGCAUUGCAUUCACUAAACCAUUCAACAAUGAUAUCAUACUUUCCAAUAUUAAUAUCGAUUAUUCCCAACCAAUUGAUGCCGUCUUCAGUACAGACAAUGUCGGAGAGAUUUUCUUCAUUCAGGGCCAAUACUAUUCUGGUAUUGAAUUUCAAGAGUCGUGUCCGAAAUCGAGGGAACAGUUAAUUGUUUACAACAAACGAAAGUUAACGGAAUUGAAUGUCGAGACAAACAUCGAUAGCGCCUAUUAUGAACACAACGGCGUCGAUAAUCCAAUCCUAUAUCUCACUAAUUAUGAUAAAAUGCAAUUUUAUAGGAUUGAGAUAGAUUCAUUUAAUUCAAAGGACGGAAAGUUGGUUCCCAUUAAAACAACUAUUGAACAGUUGUCAUCUCAUCCAAUAUUUUCAAGGAUU